AUUUAUGCGCAUAUAUAUAUAUAUAUAUUCUUCGAACGUGUGCUCCUCCCGCACGAUAAUCAGAUUGCAUAUACUUGUUCCAAACACCAAGCAAUAUGAAAAACACAGACUGAACACAACACCAAAUUCAGUUCAAUUUCUUCUGUCUUCUCAAAUGGGCAAGUGUUUAAUUUCAUCUACAGUCCCUCCACUUAGUUUUUGCACAAAACCCAGAUCAAUUUCACCAUUAAAUCAUCCAAAAUGUUAUUGCCCAGUUCAAUCAGAGUUGAGGAAAAAGUUUCUACCUUUAAGAAGCUUUGAAUCAACAAGAACAUUUUGCACAAGGGCUGUUCUUUCUGAAGUGCCUAAUGAAAGCAAGUAUUCAAAGAUUGGUGCUAGUUCCACUGGCUCAAUUCCAUCUAAGCAUCUUCUUCAUGUUGUGGAAACUGCUGCCAAAACUGGUUCUGAGGUUGUGAUGGAAGCUGUAAAUAAACCUCGAAAUAUUACCUACAAAGGACUCACUGAUCUUGUGACGGAUACUGACAAAAUGAGCGAGGCUGCUAUUCUAGAAGUGGUGAGGAAGAAUUUUAGUGAUCAUCUUAUUCUUGGGGAGGAAGGAGGGCUUAUAGGAGAUUCAUCCUCUGAUUUUCUAUGGUGCAUAGAUCCUUUAGAUGGGACAACGAAUUUUGCACACGGCUAUCCAAGUUUUGCUGUCUCUGUGGGAGUUCUAUACAAAGGAAAGCCAGCUGCUGCAUCUGUGGUUGAGUUUGUUGGAGGUCCUAUGUGCUGGAAUACACGAACAUUUUCUGCAGUUGCAGGUGGGGGUGCUUAUUGCAAUGGACAAAAGAUUCAUGUUAGUAAAACUGACAAGGUGGAGCGAUCCCUUCUGGUGACUGGAUUUGGAUAUGAACACGAUGAUGCAUGGGCUACUAAUAUUAAUUUAUUUAAAGAAUUUACUGACGUUAGCAGGGGUGUGAGAAGACUUGGCGCUGCUGCUGUCGACAUGUGCCAUGUAGCUUUGGGCAUUGUAGAAUCAUACUGGGAAUAUCGUUUAAAACCGUGGGAUAUGGCUGCAGGAGUUUUGAUAGUUGAAGAAGCUGGUGGGACAGUUUCGUGCAUGGAUGGUGGUAAAUUUUCUGUAUUUGAUAGAUCUGUUUUGGUAUCCAAUGGUGUGCUGCAUGAAAAGCUCUUGGAGAGAAUCGGUCCAGCAACUGAGGAUCUAAAGACGAAAGGCAUCGACUUUUCAUUGUGGUUCAAACCAGAUAAUUACUACACAGAACUCUAGGGUAUGCUGUAGUUCACUUCUUUAUGGGCCUACUACAAGUGUUCAAACGCCUACCAUGAGUUUUUACUUGUAGUUUAUAUAUAUUUCACUCAAAGGGUUCAGAUUUUCGGUUACUUUUAUGUUAACCGGCUGCAUAACAAGAUGUUAACUCUACAUUCAACAUCUCUUUAUCAUUAUUUGCUAGCACAUGUAAAAUAGAUUAGAAGAAUUUCAUAUUACAUGUAA